AUGGAUCAAACUGCGAGUCCUGAAGACGAUAGCGUGUUCACCACCAUUUUUUUAACUGAUGAUUCGGUGGAUUCUGGAUCUACCAUAUCUGAUUUAAAACUCGACAGUGACGCGUUCGUGAUGAAUGCAGAUAUGGAAGUGAUUAACCCUGAGAAUGAAGUAGAAUUAGAAGAGAAGACACGACUGAUUAACCAAGUGUUGGAACUUCAGCACACUCUAGAAGAGCUGUCUGCACGUGUAGAUGCUGUAAAAGAAGAGAACCUUAAACUAAAGUCUGAAAAUCAAGUCCUUGGGCAAUAUAUAGAAAACCUCAUGUCAGCUUCUAGUGUUUUCCAGACAACAGACACAAAAAGCAAACGAAAGUAACAGCUAGUUGAUUUGAUCAUCAGAUUUUAAACUGUAUAUACAUGCUCGGUCUUAAAAUAUCUUCAUCUGCUUCAAUUUCUUAAAACAUUUGGCUAAUUAAAUUUGACUA